AUGGAAGCCGAGCCCAGCUACCUUGCUUCCCGGGCGAUGAUGGAUGGGGGAGCAGAUGAUUUCUGCAUCAAGCCCGUAGCAGAGCCGCACGGCGACCAGAUCCCUAGCGCUCGAUAUAUCGAUCUGUUCGAGCUUGUAGUUUGGCCAGGUGGAGAGGGAAAUGGAGCUGUGCCGCCACCACCGCUGUAUCAGAUUCCGCCAGCGGUUGUAGUGCGGACGGAGCCAUCCAGAUCCUGGCCGUCUCAGACGACGGAGCCAUUCAGACCCCGACCAUCUCAACGGGCAGAGCGGACGGAGCCAUCCAGACCCGGGCUGUUAGCGGACGGAGCCAUCCAGACCCCGGCUAUCUCAGCAAAGCAACCCACGGCCGUCGUCAGGAAUUGGAAGAAGAGAUUCAGAGGCGUGUCUGGACCUGAUGAAAGGAUUAUACCGAGCAAAAGCAACUAUCUGCAAGUCUGUAUCGCAAGAGCAACCGAUAACAGCAAUAACAAUCUAUUUGCCCCGGUUAAAGGUUUUACAUUUGACUCGUGUAAAGAAGCAUAUGAGAUGUACAAUAUUUUUUCAUGGGAGAACGGUUUUGGGAUCCGGCAUGGCAAGACCAGGAUAAAUGAGGCGAAGUACAAAACUAUGCAUGAGAUAGUAUGCCAAUGCCAUGUACGUAUUAUUCGUAGCUUUUUCAACUGACUUUUAGCUGAUUCAUUU